AUGGUACGCAACCGACCACAUGGUACUGCACACACUAUCAAUACUGGGACCUCUCGCCGUAGUCGAACAUCACGAUGGGAAACCAGACACGUUGAACAACUCAGGCAAGAUCAAGCUGCUCAGGAUCAAAACAUUGACAUCGCUGAAGAACUGGGUCAUAUCCCGCGUCGACCUCGAAGAAAUCCAGUUCAUCAACCUCAGCCAGCCCCAAACAAUGCUCCCAAUCCCCCAGAUCAACCAUACCCAGCUUAUGAGCCCCUCAUUGGUAGCUGGGUUGAUGAACCACUUGAUGCUCCCAUUGAAGAUCUCCCCACCACAGCUCAUGCCGCAUACUACCGUGCUCGUCGCUAUGCUGAAAACCGAGAGCAAAUCAGUCAACGCUGGAGCCAACUUGAAGAUACCAUCACAGCAACAUUUUCUGUCUGUCAAAAACUCUCAUACAACUGGACCGAGCCAUCAGACAAAUACGAGGUUCUACCAGAGACAUGUACAUGUCCCCCGUCCGAUAUCCACAUCCGAAAGGUGGACUUAUUUGACUUAACAGAUCGGCGUGUGGCAGAAAAAGUGCCCUUUUGCAAGUGCCUGCCUGAUGUUGUUCGCCUCAUCAAUUAUGGAUAUCUAGCCAGCUCCCCAGAAAAGCCCCGCACUGCCUUCUCAAUUCGACUCCUCCAAUUCCACCACAAGCUCUGGCAAUCUUCCACCAGGGGAAAUUUCAGGGCACUGGUUGCCCAGUGA